AAUGGAGAGAAAUUCAUGAUCAGUUUACAUAUUUGGUUUUUAGUUUAACGCAAGAGAAAGUAAAAAGUGAUACAUUCUGAGGAAAGGCGUGUAUUUCAUUGCACAUUAUUUUGAUAAAACACAAUGGAAGAUAAUAAUUUGAUCAAGGUAGUUGUGAGUGAGAAAUAUCCUACAAAAACAGCCAUUAAGAAAGAGAAACAUCAUACAAAAAUUACGAGUUUUCAAGAGCUGAUAGACAAUGCUAGAAAUUUAUCCCAUGUAAGAGUGAAACGGGAGUCGCCUUUUGUGGGAGAAUAUUUCCAUCAUUAUAUAAUAAUAGCAAUUUCAAAGGUAGAACCACGUGUAUAUAGUAUUAUUGUUGGACAUUACACAACAACCCUUGCUAUUUUCACAGAGAGGAGUCACGGAGUUGGAAAAUUUGUAAAAGAAACGUUCUUUAUACGUUUAGAUGGUCAGAAUGAAGAUCCGCAUGACCUUUUUAGAUUUGACUUGGGGGUUGAGUUAGUUGAGGAUACUAACUAUCCGAAAACUGCUGAUGACAUUGAACAUGUUAUCAAUCGUCUAGAUGAGAGAAUUGGAGAGCGAAUGUAUGAAAUAUCUUCAAACAAUUGUGAGCAUGCAAUUAAUUAUAUCCUAACUGGUGUAAGUUUAAGUGAGCAAGCUGACACCAUCAAAUGUUCCAAAGCAUUUUUCAUUGAUUUUUUGAAUGUUUUACUCAUCGACUGUAAGGAGGUCGGAUUUAGAACGGCCUUAUUUGUUGCCGCAAUAGGAGCUAUUGCUGGUGCAUUUGUUCGUAGAGCGUAUGUCACGAUAAUUGUUGCAGCAAUUGUUAGCCUCACCAUUGGAAAUGAACCAAUUGAUUGUGGGAACAGGAUUGGUGCAAACAUUAGAACUGAAGCAGAAACCAGAAUAAAGUCAGCAGAAAAUAUGAAAUAUAUCAAUUAUGUUGUUGCAAACAAUAGUAUUGAUACUCUCGUAAAAUUGAAGGGUCAGUUGCAUACAGACUUUAUAUGCGCACUUGCAAAAACUCUUAUCAGGGAUGCGGCUCGCAAGACAUGUUAUUCUACUGCUUUGGUUUAUGUAGGAAUCGAAACUAUUUUUUUUUUGUCCUUCGUAUUCUUCAAUUUACUUCCCAGAAGAAAAAAACAAAUACUAAAAGACAGAAACCUUUGUCGGAUUUUGUUUUUGAACAUCGUUGCAGGAUACGGUUCGAUACUGCUGACCCUAUGCAUUGCUUAUCGAGCAUUUUUUCACGUAGAACGCCCAUCCCUGUCCAUCUUCUUAACUGUUUUUUUAGGUGGCAUCGGAUUCCGUUAUAUACUGAUAUGCAUUGCCGGACAGUUUUACAAUUUCUGCUGCUGUGCGUUUUGCUGGAAUUGUUACUGUUGCUGCUCGACAGGUUGUGUUACAUUUUGUAACAAAGAAUGCUGCUGGUUCAGGUUGAUCACUAUAUCCUUCAUUAUUCUUGUUUUAUGUAUUCUUGGGAUUCUGAUAUAUCUAUUGCUAACUUUUGCCUGGGCUGAUUUGCAAUGAAGAGUUCGCAGCACUAAAAGCCAACAGACUAGUAUUACUAGUAGAUGAACCAUUAAACCAGGUAUCAAUAAAAUCACAAUUAAGAUUGAUCGGCCAAAAAGUAAUUAAACUUAUUUAAAAAAAGAUUACUGAAUAUUUAAAUAGAUUUACAAAAACAAUAAACUUUUUUUUCAAUAUUACGCAAACAACAAUCAAUUUCAAGGAAAUCCCUCACAAAAAGACCUGAUCUCCAAUGUCAUUGAAAUGAACCAAUUAGAAAAUUAUUCAUUCUCUUACUUAUAAAAAUGUAUCAAUAUCAAAAGGUUUUUUUUUUUUUUUAUUUAUCCGGAAAAUAAAAAUUCUGUAGAGCUCAAAUACAAGUAUACCUGAUACCAAAUAUAUAAAUUGAUAAUUUUGCAUGACUAUUUAAAUCAAUAAAAUAAAUUCAUAUCAUUUCAAUUUAUUCAUGAAGUGGAUCAUGAAUACAUCUCGAUGUCAACGUGCAACAGUAAUGAUAAAAACUUAUCAGUAUUCAAACUGACAGAUACGUAUUCAGAUGACCUCUCAUGUCUCACAGGUAGUAAUACUUUAACUACGAUAUUUCUCAAACAAAACAUUUGUCAUAUGUAAACUUGAAUUUAAAUUCAUUUUUUCAAGUUAACGGUAAAGCUUCAAUCUUUCAGGUUUCCAGGUUCAUGUUUUUCAUAUCAACUUUGAAAUGUUUUGUCUUCUCGGAAAAGGGGGUGAUGCUGUUACCCCUCCCCAUCCCCAUCCCCAUCCCCCAAUUUUAUCUAAUUUAGAAUUAAAAAAGGUAGACAUUUUUAUAUAUUGGUUGGGUUUUGAGUGGUGUGUUUAAAAAGUGGAAUACCAAAGUGUCAAAAGAGGAAUAAUUGGGGACAUCCGGGAACACCAAGAACGAUGACAGGACUUUUCAUAAAAUAUGUGUUUGGAACUUUAUUGAGUUUGACUGUCCCUCUGGUAUCUUUCGUCCCUCUUUUAUUGACCUUUUCAUAUAUUUCUGAUAGUUUCACUACCUAUUCACAUAUUUUCAAGGUGGUAAAGCGGCACCACGUAUAACGAAAGUGCCCCCUCCGAGAUUGUCUUGACACUUUUAACUUGCAGUCCUGCGAACGUACAGUUCAUUCGUCAAUUUACCUGAAAAUACAUAAAUCAUUUCCUAUUUCUAAACACCAAUGAUAGCACUAACUAGUACAUUUGAAUUAAUAGAAAUCUAACAUUUAUGUCACAUGAACUUUACUAGUGUUUUCAAAUCCUAACAUAUCCCAAACGUAUGAAAGAAAUUCAUAGUCAGUGCCAUGAUAAUAAAAAAGAUUACUGAAUAUCAAAUAAGAUUUUAACAAAUAAUAAACUUUUUUCAGUGUACUGCAAUCCAUUUCAAAUUAUUUUAAUGCCAGUCAAAUAGAUUCCCUGGUAGUCAUUUAAGUCAGACUAAUAAGCCACGCCCCCGUUAAACAACAUCAAACUGGUACGAGUCCUUCUAAACUUUACAGUGUCUGCUUUUGUUUCGUAAAUCACUCAAACAGAAAAGAAAUCCGUUUAUCAAUCGUCAAUCCGUACCAAACGUUAUAGAUUUAUGUUACAUAAUAUACCUCCCACAGGUAUUCACAAUUAAAAUGAAUGAAUCAUCCAACUUAUUUUUGCAAUGAAUUCCGCUCAAGCCGAUGCUAAUGGCUGUAUUUAACCUGCACUGCGGUGAAAGAUUUUUGGCUGCGUGUUGAUGUGACUUUGAAAUUGAGAACAGCAGUAAAAGCGCUAUUCUUUUGCUUUUUAUAUGUUUUUUACUGUGCAUGUACUGAUUUUGUGUCAUGAGUAUUUGAAGUGAUUUAUAAUUUUUAAUGACAGAUUUCUGUAAUGCAGAAAAAAGUGAAUCAGUUGAAUAUAAAGACAGAUAAUAAAAUUCUGAUUAGUCCACAUGAAGUAGCUCUAGAUAAGAAAGAGUGUUGAUAACUGAUAUGAAAACUUGUGUCGUGUCAUUAAAGUAAUUGUGGUUUCUCACAAUAAUUGCGAAAAAUUAAACGGUCUUAAUUGCAAGCCUAAGAAUUGUGAAAGAUUGAAAAAAAAUCAAAUAGAUAUUUACAGAAUAAAACAUAUUUGUCAAUCUGUUACUCUUUUUGAUGGUGUAAUUAUUAUUCAAAUGUAUGUUCAAGCUUGAAUUGUUUUAACUUUUUUUUUGUGCUUCAAAUUUAUGUGUAUAUAUUGACUUUUUUCCUUGUUUGUUAAAAUUUUAAUAAAAACAUUGGUUGUGAAAAUGUUCAAAAUA